AUGUCCACAGUUGAAAAGGAGGGUCGGGGCAAGCAGAACUGGAUAGACAUGCUGGAUGAUCAAGACAAUGAUCAAUCUGCAGGACUACCGGACUUUAAAGACGUCAAAUUGCUACGAUUCAAGGAUGUGCUUGAGUCCCCCGAGGAGUUCGAAGAAUUUGAGAGCCGAGUCAAGAUGACUCUUCGUGCAGCAGGUCUUGCCAAACUUAUUGACAAGACAAAGGAUGAACCGGAACAAGAUGCACCGAGUGCGCAAAACUGGUUUGCGCUAUCCAAACUGGUAGCGUCGUGGAUUUGCACAAACAUGACCCAAGAGGUCUUCGAGAAGUGUCGAAACACCGGGAAACGGAUUCUCUUAGCGACAGAGAUCUGGGACGUUCUUGAGAGUAUUAUGGUCGGUGACGGGGUGUUCGUAUUUGUCAAUCCCAUCAGAGAGUUCUUCGACAUGAAGUCGGGGCACUUCCCUGAACCAAGUGUCUUUGCAACAGAGGUGCUGGAAGAAUAUUGCAAGAUCACAACCAAUUAUCAUGCUGGGACAGAUUGA